GCAUCAUUGCAUCACACACGUAACCUUAGCAGCUUGCCCAGACACCAAUUAAAACAGACCCAAUUAUAGUUUGGUGGCUGUGCAUGUGGCUAAUGAAGUUUUAAUUAGCUGGCCAGAUUUGUUGGCUCUCUCCUGGCGUCGCAAGCAAGCGAAAAGUCGCGACGUGCAAAUUGCUACCUACUAAGACAAUCGAUCUUCUUUACUUAUUCCGGCGUCACCAAUUUCUCUUUACGAUCGCACUCGCCUCGUUACAAAUAUUUUACGGAUAUUCAGCGCGAGUCUGACCAAGUCCAAAUUAUUACCAUUCGGAGAAAAUAAUAGUCGCAUUAUCGCAUCAUCCACCAUGGAGAGCGUCGAGUCUGAUCAGACCCCUUUCGCAGCCGUUACGGCCCAGACUUCUAAGCUCCAGCGGCAAUAUCAAGCCCUAUUAGAUCGAUCAACGCCAUUUGUCUUGCAACGAUGGAUUGGAACAGGUGCAUUUCUAGGCAUCUUCUUUCUCCGCAUCGUCUUCGCACAAGGCUGGUACAUCGUGGCAUAUGCUCUCGGCAUUUACCUUCUUAAUCUCUUCCUAGCUUUCCUCCAGCCCAAGUUCGACCCUUCGAACGAGCUCCUAGACAAUGAGAUGGAAGAUGGAUCGGCUGGUGGCCUGCCCACAAAGCAGGACGAGGAAUUCCGACCAUUUAUUCGACGACUGCCCGAGUUUAAGUUCUGGCAUGAGGCCACCCGCGCUGUCACCAUCGCCUUCACGUGCAGUUGGUUCGAGAUCUUUGACGUUCCCGUCUUCUGGCCUGUAUUGGUUAUGUACUGGAUCAUCCUCUUCGUCCUGACUAUGCGCAAGCAAAUUCAGCAUAUGAUUAAGUACCGAUAUGUCCCAUUCUCAUUCGGCAAGGCGAAGUACGGUAAGACCAGUACUUCAUAAGCAUGUGUUUACGAAGAUAAUUUGAUCAUGCUGGGAUUAAUCAGGGCAACGCUGGGAAAGGCUACUGAAAGGGUCUAGACUAAAAGUGUAGACAGUUUCGGUACAUUUUAAUGAAGUCUACCU